GUCGCUGGCAAAGUAUGCGACUGGCUGUGUUUGUAAACGGUGUUCACUCAGUAACAAACCAAGACACUGCAGGGCGCAUCGAGCAGAAGUUGCGUGGGUGAUUAACUCGUACGUUUGGCCAGCUCGGUUUAUCAUUUACUUCGGGGCGAAACUGUCAAUGAAGACAGAGGAUAGAAUUGCAUUUCCAAGACAAUUCGCAAGACAUGCCCUAAUGUUUAAGUAUUGCUGUGUCUAGCUAGCUACUGGACACAUAAGUUUUUACUUUUUGCUCGACUAUCUGAACUAUCCUUGGGAACGCAAGUCGCUCUUGUGGAGCCCGUUGAACCGACGCGAUGAUGCCAGAAAGUCCGCAGGGCAACGAGAUGAGAAACCGUCCACUUUGUCGCGGUCAGACGAACUCAAAUCAGAACCACUCCGCGUUGUUGUCCGAGAUCAAGACUCCAAUCAAGACCGAACCUUUCAGUGACCUGUACAGUCUUAUCCCCGGCAAAGAACUUGGGAGGGGGAAGUUCGCCGUGGUGAAGAAGUGCGUGGAGAAACGCACGGGGAAGGAGUACGCCGCCAAGUUCCUGAGGAAGAGGAGGAAGGGCCAGGACUGCCGGCUGGACAUCGUCCACGAGAUCGCCGUGCUGGAGCUGGCCACCGCCAGCCCGCGGGUCAUCACCCUGCACCAGGUCUACGAGACGGCCAGCGAGAUGAUCCUCGUGCUGGAGUAUGCCGCGGGGGGUGAAAUAUUCGACCAGUGCGUGGCGGAGCGGGACGAGGCCUUCCAGGAGCGGGACGUGAGGCGGCUGAUGAGGCAGAUCCUGGAGGGCGUGGCCUUCCUGCACGAGAACGGCGUGGUGCACCUGGACCUCAAGCCCCAGAACAUUCUCCUGACCAGCGAGGCCCCGCUGGGGGACGUCAGGAUCGUGGAUUUCGGGCUGUCCCGUGUGGUCAGCGGGGGCCAGGAGCUCCGGGAGAUCAUGGGGACCCCGGAGUACGUGGCUCCAGAGAUCCUGAAUUACGAGCCAAUAAGCACUGCAACUGACAUGUGGAGCAUCGGGGUGCUGGCCUACGUGAUGCUGACGGGCACCUCCCCUUUCCUGGGGGAGGACAAGCAGGAGACGUUCCUCAACAUCUCCCAGAUCAACAUCAGCUACGCGGAGGAGGAGCUGGCGGGGCUGGGGGCAACGCCAAUCAACUUCAUGAAGUCCCUCCUCCUCAAAGACCCGCAGGCUCGGGCCACUGCCCAGGACUGCCUGAAUCACCCCUGGCUCCACCCCCAGGAAGGGGAGGGCCCGAGGAAGCCCCUCCCCGUUCCCUGCCCGCCGCUCGAGGAGGAAGAGGAGGACGAAGGCCUGGAGACGGAGGAGCUGAUCGUGGUGGCGUCCUACACCCUGGGACAGUGCCGGCAGUCGGACCAGGACACCCUGACCCCCGACCCCAAGGGCGUCUCCAAGCGCUUCAAAUUCGAGGAGCCCUUCGGCCCUCUGCAGGAGGUCAUCUUCUGAGGCCAGCGAAGCAGCGCCACACAUCGCCAUGACAACCCAGAAAGCCAAACCCUUCCUCUCAGGUUUUAACAGACCAGAGAGCCGGGGUCACACUUCGCCAUGACAACUCAGAAAGCCAAACCCUUCCCCUCAGGUUUUAACAGACCAGAGAACCAGGGUCACACAUCGCCAUGACAACUCAGAAAGCCAAACCCUUCCCCUCAAGUUUUAAGAGACAGGAGAAGCAGGGCCUCUUCCUAAAACACACCUCCCCAUCUCAACUCAGAAAGCCAAACCCUUCCCCUCAGGUUCAAAGUUGUUUCCUUUCGUGUUUGCCUGUCUGUUUUAAACUGAGAGGUUUCAUGGACCUUUAGCUGUACUUUCUCUCUUCUGUAGCUAUUGUCCAUCAGCAGCCUGGCACUAAAGAAAACAAACUUGUGCUCAUUAAAACAAUUAUGUCAUAAUUGCUCUUAGCAUUUUUAGUUAAAAGUUCUGGAAGAUACUACUUCACUAGUUUAAAUGUGCUUUGUGGAAAAUGGAAACAACUGUAUUGCAUAAAACAUUUUCCCCAAACCCAUAAUCUUAAUUUGAAAAAUCAGUCAUGUGAUAAUAAUUACAUCAGUGCUUGCUCAAGACAUAACACUACGCUCGCUGACAAAAAGCUGUUAGAAGGCGCUCAUCUUGGUUACUGUUUUGCACACAGGUAAAGACUUAUUUGUAGUGCUUCAAGGGACAUUUGCUUCAACUUUCUAAUGGAAACAUAGCUACCACCAUUUGCAAUAUUUCUGAAUGAAUUCUCUUUAUAUUAAAAUGCACAGUAUAGGCUCAUGAUGGGUUGUAGACAUGUAAAUAAAUAUAGAUGAAACAGAAGCUAGGAGUUUUAGCAAAGUUUAGUGAAACUGCUGCUUUAAUAUAGCCAGUACACCUAUUAUUGUCCGUUUUCCCAGUUAUGUUUCUGAAGCGAUAAUUACAUUUGUGCACUUCUUUAUAUAUAUUUUUUGUAAUAUAUAUUUUUAAUUUGCAAACAGUCUCAAAGUGUACAGUGUUUGUUUCCGUCCGGAGAAAUAAUUUUUCAGGUCUCAAUGGAAAGCUGUUAUCCGAAAUUAAGUUUUGUCCUUAAAUCCAUCUUUGUCUUUUUUGUAUCGCCAUAAUAUUUGUACGUCAAUAUGUUGUAAUAUUUGUUUAAAAGGUAUUUUUAGAUGUGAAGCACCCUGGCUUGUAAGUCACACACACACAGUUGCUCACACACGUUUAGCUCACAUCUCCACAAGGGGGAGCUAUUAGCACUCAAGAAACUGAAAUUGAUGACAGUGGUGCUUUGCUCCACUGUGUCCUUGUUUAUUAAACAUUCCUUAACCAGACCUAAUAUAGAGUGUAAUACACUUUCACCACUGUACAUCGACAAAUCUACUGUUGAGUAUGGUGAUAUUUUUGAGAUUGUUGUAUAAAAAAAAAUCACAUUUCAAAUGCUUAAAAGCUGUAUCAGAGGCAUUAUCCCCAAUCCUUUUAUGCCUUGAAAAGAUGCUUACAUUUGUAUUUUAAUGACAAGCUUUCUUUUUUUUGGCUAUCAAACAAGUAAUAAGGAUAUUUAUGUACAAUUAAUAUUUUUACAGGGCCAGUAAAUUAUUUAAUUAGCAGCCUGAUUUUGACAUAUAUAUCUGUCUCAUUCUUACCUCUUCUGUAAGCACUCAACAAGCAACUCCUAGUCCUCUAUCUUUUCAAAAUACACGUUGAUGAAUUGGUAAGUACUAAAUAAUAUAUUUAUUCCUUGUUUGAUACCAGUGCGACAAUUAAUUCAUUGCAUUGCAUUGAUUAGGUUGGCCUCGGUCCAGAAAAAAUGCAUAUUAAAUUUGCAUUGUAAAAAAAAAACCUUUUUCGUUUGCCAACGCGGAGGCGCCGGUGAGCGUUGACGUUACCUCAGUUAGCUUUUAGUUCCGCGUUCCGCAGAUCGGAAACGGGCCCCAGAGCUUCAGCCCUGUUGUCCAUUGUCUUUAUUGGUUGAUAUGAAGGCAGGAACAGCGAGUUCCUAUGAAAUGGGCCGGUUUGCACGGACACAGAUUAAGCUUAGUCCAUCCAUGCAUCCAUUAUCGAUACCCACUUAUCCUGGGCAGGGUCCAUCCAUUAUCGAUACCCACUUAUCCUGGGCAGGGUUAACCAGUGGGGGGUUGCUGGAGCCUAUCCCAGCAUGCAUUUGUUGAGAGGCAGGAAUAGGCCCUGGACAGGCCGCCAAUCUAUCACAGGGCACACACACACCGUUUACUCAGCAAUCACUCACACACUCAUACAUAUGGGCAAUUUGUAGUCCAAUUAAGCUUAGUCCUGGACUACAUUGAGUUUAGUAUGGAGAGUCUCCAUUCCAAAUAGAAUUUAGCCUGAGACUAAGCUUAAUCUGCGUCUGUGAAACUGGCUCAAUAUAUGCUGUAGCUGAUGGUGCUUUUUCCUCUUCUUGUAUACCUUUGCUUUUUUUUUUAUAACCUUUGUAAAAAGGAUGUACAUAAUUCUAUGAAUAAACAGAUCUUAAUAUACCCGA